GGCUAACUUCUCCAACAGCACGAUUGGAAUUCCGCCGUUUCCGGCGGACUCCGGCCGAGGCUCCGGCGGAUUGCCUGAACCUGAUGCCAGAAUUGUCACCUCCUGCGGGACGAGCAUGCCGGCGCACCGCAGUGUCCUGGUCAACUCAACUAUCGGCGACACCUGCCAUUUGUUGAGGCAUAUGAAUAGAAACGCCUGACAUUUUCACUGUUUCUGAUUGUGAAAAUCGCAGGCCUCAGCGUCGCCUGUAUUGGAAAGCAUCAUAGAUCGGCCUCGUAAAUACUGGAACUCUGAAAUGGCCAUUCCGAUACUGGGCGUUCCUUCCGAAUCAGUAGCCGUGUUCAUUCGAUUUCUCUACAACUCCAAGUGUAGCGAGGAUGAGCUGGACCAGUACGGGAUUCAUCUGUUGGCUCUGUCUCACGUGUUCUUGGUGCCCAAGCUGAAGCAGAGAUGUUCUAAAGCUUUGGCUGAACGGUACUUGAAGAUUGACAACGUGGUCGACGUUCUUCAACUGGCCAGGCUGUGCGACGCUUCUGAUCUUUACCUCAAAUGCUUGAAAAUGGUUUACCAUAACUUCAAGUACGUGGAGAAGACCGAGGGAUGGAAGUUCCUCCAGGAUCAUGACCCCUGGCUUGAGCUGCAGAUCCUCCAAUUCAUUGAUGAAACUGAAUUGCGAAAAAAGAGGACAAGGAGGCGGAGAGAGGAGCAGAGCUUGUAUUUACAGCUAAGCGAAGCGAUGGAGUGUUUGGAGCACAUAUGCACAGAAGGGUGCACGAGCGUGGGGCCGUGUGAUAUCGAGCCGACAAAGAAUCGGGGCCCGUGUAGUAAGUUUGCCACGUGUCGGGCUCUCCAGAUUCUGAUCCAACAUUUCGCUACGUGCAAGCAGAGGGUGCACGGCCAGUGUUCUCGAUGCAGGCGCAUGUGGCAACUUCUCAAGCUCCACUCCUCCAUUUGCGCCCAACCCGAUCUCUGUCGAGUCCCUCUUUGCAGGCAAUUCAAAUUGAAAGCAAGAGAAGACAAGAAGGGAGAUGAAGGGAAGUGGAAGGUUCUAGCAAGGAAGGUGGUAUCAGCGAAAGCCAUAUCCUCCUUGUCUCUCCCAAAGCGGAAGCGAGAUGAGGAAGCUCUGGACGCCCCAUAACAAACCACCACCACCACCAAAUUGGCGGCUGCUUCAAACUAUGAAACCAUUUUGGCCCAUGUUCAAUGUAAGUUGAGGGAGUAUAUAUAUGUAGGCUCUUCUGUUUCUUGGCUUUAAUUGCUUAAGACGUUGGCUUGGCUUGGUUUGGCUUGGCUUGUUGGUAGGAAAGAAUCCUAGGGUUUUGCAGAUUUAAUUCAAAGAAGAAGAAUGUAAUAGCUGCUAGCUGUUUAUAAGUUUAUUCUUAAAAGAAGGAAGUUCUAAAUGUAAUAUAUAAACGACGUUUGUUUGUAUAUUUGUAUAUAUCCUCUUUAAUUUGUCAGUA